AUGGCCCAAAUCUGGAGCAACGUGUGCCGCGAGUGCAUAACGGUUGUAUCCAGUGUGCCUGUUUAUAUCCUGGUCGGUUCAUUAGUGACGACAACGCUCGGAUUCUUUGUGCUAGCUUAUACCCUGCUCUUCUUGGUCGCGCCGACACCCCGGAACCCACUACCGGAAGAAAAGAAGUAUAGAACGCUUGCCAAAGAUGGCGCUGUCACCGAUCCCGAGCCCCUGCCCUGCUGGCUCGACCAGCUGGACUCGGACAAGUGCACCUCGAAGCUCACUGAGAUUGAAGCCGCAGAACUCUUCAUGUCCGUUGUUGUUCCAGCUUAUAAUGAAGAGGCGCGACUGGCAGGAAUGCUGGAAGAAGCGGUCAACUACCUUGAGCACAUGUACGGCACUCUCGAGUCCAGCUCCGACGAAGAGAAGCACGGUAGCGGGGUUUUGACACGAUCCAUGCGCAAGCGCAAUCCGACCUCGGACCGUCACACAAUGAAUGGCAACCUCGACGUGUCCCCUUCUGAUCGCGGGUGGGAAAUUCUCAUUGUAUCGGACGGGUCCACCGAUCGGACGGAAGAGGUGGCUUUCUCGUUUGCUAGGGACCAUCAACUAUCAAUGCACCCCAAGGGCUACGCGGGACCAUGGACGCCCAAGGUCCAGGAAGGUGUGCAUAUCCCACCGGGGACCAUCCGCGUGGUGAACCUGACACACAACCGGGGCAAGGGCGGUGCUGUGACACAUGGCAUGCGUCACGUACGUGGGCAGUACGUGGUUUUCGCCGAUGCAGAUGGUGCGAGUAAAUUCGAGGAUCUCGGCAAACUCGUGACCGCUUGUCGGGAGGUUGAAGAUGGUCGUGGGCGCGGUGUGGCUGUGGGAUCGCGGGCGCACAUGGUAGGCAGCGAAGCUGUGGUCAAGACCGCAACUGUCAAGGAUACGCAGUGCGGCUUCAAGCUAUUUUCGCGCAAUUCCCUGCCGUUCAUCGUUCCCUACAUGCACUCCGAGGGCUGGAUCUUUGACGUGGAGAUGCUCAUGUUGGCCGAAUUCGCACAGAUUCCCGUCGCUGAAGUCCCCGUGGGCUGGCGCGAGGUCGGUGGUAGUAAAUUGAACGUGAUCUGGGACAGUAUUGGCAUGGCUUGGGGACUGGCCAUUCUGCGGGCAGGGUGGUCGCUCGGUAUUUACCGGCAGCGGUGA